AUUUGAUUAAACCCGACAGUCAUUUUUGAAGCUCCGGUUUGUAAUGUAGUUAAGCAGUUAUCCAAUGCAUUUGCAAAGGCAGUGAGUCAUAUUAAAUUGAAUAACAAUUAGCAGUAUGUCCUGAGAUUUAAAUGAUUUCUGAGAAUCGCCAUUUAUGUACGGUAAUUGUGUUUUAAGGCAAGCCAGGGAACUCGGUGUAGAGGCCUGUUGCGUAUACUGUCAUAUUAUGUAAAUGAUUUUACAGGGCAUGGGGAAAGAGCAUUAGCCAUUAGGAACCGUGGAAAUCAAAAGCAAUUAGACCAUCAACGGCACUUACUUUGGAGGGUAUAAAACUGCAAAAUAAAAUUAAAAGAAUGAUCAGUGACUCGAUUGUGCACUUAUUAAUCAUGUUACAGGUGGUGAUUUUUACAGAUUAUGUUCAGAGCACUUGUCGUAAGGAUUAAAACUCAGCCUCUGACAGCAAUCGUAUAAUGCUUUUCUGUGAUUCUGGAGUAGCCAGUAUUGGCCCAUCAUAGAUAUAUUGAUAUCGUAGCCUGAUAUGUAACAUUUUUGAAUUAUAAUUUUUUUAAAGAUGCUUCAAGUAAUUUAGAAAUGGUUUUGUGUGGGUUGUAAUAAUCUCAGUACUAUCUGUAGCACAUGUAGCAGAGUAUGCAUCACAGCUGAGUAGGUGGUGUGAAAUCAGAUUGUGUCUUCACAGUAAGUUGCUAUCUAGAUUGUGAAAUACAUUUGCUGGCUUUAUAUAUGUAUUUCGGGUUUAGACACACUUUCUCAUCUAAUGGUUUUUAUGGUUCUAAUCUGAGCUGCUGUUAACUUGUGAUUCCUGAGACUGGUGACUCGGAUGAACUUAUCCUCAGCAGCAGAGGUAACUCUUUAUCUUCCUUUCCUGGGGUGGUCCUCAUGUGAGCCAGUUUGGUUGUAGCUCUUGAUGGUUUUUGUGACUGCACUUUGGGGCACAUUCAAAGUUUUUGCAAUUUUCCGGAUUGACUGACCUUCAGUUCUUAAAGUAAUAGUGGACUGUUGUUUCUCUUUACUUAGCUGAUUGGUUCUUGUCAUAAUAUGGAUUCUAACAGUUGUCAAAUAGGGCUGUCACCUGUGGACCAACCUGACUUCUGCACAACACAACUGAUGGUCCCAACCCCAUUAAGAAGGCAAGAAAUUCCACAAAUUAACCUUGACAAGGCACACCUGUGAAAUGAAAACCACUUCAGGUCCUUCCUGUUUAGCAAAGAGGGAAACCCCAACAAGCGUAAUGUGCACAAUGAGACAUGCCUCCAUGUGCUGUGCCAAGGCCCGCAGAUACUGCUGCUGCCAGAGGGAGCGCUGUCACCACGACUGGCCCGACCACAGAGGGAUGAGCAGCGCCGUGCGGACUGCCUGCAGAUGAUCCUGAGCUGGACCGGCGCCAGGCUGGAGGGAGGCCAGUACGAGAAGGCCAAUGUUAACGCCACCGACAACCACCACAGCACCUGUCUGCACUACGCUGCCGCUGCAGGCAUGAAGAGCUGCGUGGAGCUGCUAAUCCAAAGUGAGGCGGACCUUUUUGUGGAGGAUGAGGACAAGUUGACGCCAUGUGAUCACGCCGAGCGGCACCACCACACCGAGCUGGCCCUCAGCCUGGAAUCGCAGAUGGUUUUCUCCUCCUCUUCAGCUCAGCAGUCAAACACAGAUGCACAUGGUGAAACCAACCUGCUGCAAUACAAAGAGCCUUACGAGGGGCUGAAGAUUCAGGAUCUGCGCAGGCUGAAGGACAUGCUGAUCGUAGAAACUGCAGACAUGCUGCAAGCCCCCCUCUUCACUGCUGAGGCCCUGCUUCGAGCGCACGACUGGGACAGAGAAAAGCUUCUGGAAGCCUGGAUGUCUGACUCGGAGGGCUGCUGCCAGCGCUCCGGCGUCACCAUGCCCACCCCUCCGCCCAGCGGCUACAAUGCCUGGGACACCCUGCCCUCCCCCCGCACUCCGAGGACCCCGCGCUCACCCCUCACACUCACCCUGACUUCCCCCACUGACAGCUGCCUCACACCUGGAGAAGAGGGCCUGGCCACGUGUGGGAUCUGUCUCUGCUCUAUCUCAGUCUUUGAGGACCCAGUGGACAUGUCCUGUGGCCACGAGUUCUGCCGAGCCUGCUGGGAGGGGUUCCUCAAUGUAAAGAUUCAGGAAGGUGACGCUCACAACAUCUUCUGUCCGGCGUACGAGUGCUACCAGCUGGUGCCGGUGCAUGUCAUAGAGAGUGUGGUUUCCAGAGAGAUGGACCAGCGAUAUCUACAGUUUGACAUCAAGGCAUUUGUGGAGAACAAUCCAGCCAUCCGUUGGUGUCCUGCAGCUCGUUGUGAGCGGGCAGUGAGACUAACCCGACCAGGCCCGGGGGACAGUGACCCUCAUAACUUCCCCCUGCUGCCGUCCCCAGCUGUCGAUUGUGGCAAGGGUCACCUCUUCUGCUGGGAGUGCCUUGGCGAGGCCCAUGAGCCCUGUGAUUGUCAGAUGUGGAGGAACUGGCUGCAGAAAGUCACAGAGAUGAAGCCUGAGGAGUUGGCAGGCGUGAGUGAGGCCUAUGAGGAUGCUGCUAACUGCUUAUGGCUGUUGACCAACUCCAAACCGUGUGCCAAUUGCAAGUCUCCCAUUCAGAAGAAUGAGGGCUGCAACCACAUGCAGUGUGCCAAGUGUAAGUAUGACUUUUGUUGGAUCUGUCUGGAGGAGUGGAAGAAACACAGCUCAUCAACAGGAGGCUACUAUCGCUGCACUCGCUACGAGGUCAUCCAACAGCUAGAAGAGCAAUCCAAAGAGAUGACUGUAGAGGCAGAAAAGAAGCACAAAAGUUUUCAGGAGUUGGACCGUUUCAUGCACUAUUACACUCGCUUCAAGAACCAUGAACACAGCUACAAGUUGGAGCAGAAGCUGCUUAAAACGGCUAAAGAGAAGAUGGAGCAGCUGAGCAGAGCCUUCAUUAGCCGUGAAGGCACUCCUCCAGACACACGUUUCAUUGAGGACGGUGUGUCUGAGCUGCUGAAGACGCGGCGCGUAUUGAAGUGCUCUUAUCCAUACGGCUUCUUCCUGCAGCAAGGCAGCACCCAGAAAGAGAUAUUUGAGCUCAUGCAGACCGACCUGGAGAUGGUCGUGGAGGAUCUGGCCCAGAAGGUCAACCGACCGUACCUGAGGACGCCGUGCCACAAGAUAAUCAGUGCAGCCCGUUUGGUGCAGCAGAAGAGGCAGGAGUUCCUGGCUUCAGUGGCCCGUGGCGUCGCUCCCAAUGACUCUCCUGAGCCGCCCCGCAGGAAUUACCCAGGAGGAUCAUGGGAUUGGGAGUACCUUGGCUUUGCCUCCCCUGAGAUGGGAAGUCGUCACUCUGUACUGGGAGCAGGAGAUCAAAGAGAGAGACAGUCACAGGAUUAUGCCGACAUCCAGUACCGUCGCAGACACAGGCAACGGCGCAGAGGUGACAUGCUGAGUCUGCACAACCUUAGGAGCAGCAGCAACACACCAGAGACCAGCAGGAGGAGUGACAACUCAGAAGGCACAGAGAGGAGUGAGGGUCGCAGAAGAGCGCUGGGCUCACUCGAUGAAGAUGACCCCAACAUCCUUCUAGCCAUCCAGCUGUCGCUGCAGGAGUCCCGCAGAGAGCGAGGCCUGGAGGGGGAGCUGGAGGGGAGAGUGGAGCUGGACAGAGGACUGGAAAGAGGACAGGACAGGAGGACGGGUCCCACAGGAGACCUGGGUGAUGUUGCUUUGCACUCUCUCGCCACAGAGGGGCCUCCUGGAGCCAGAGGCUCGUCCUUCCCCACUUCUCUCCUGGAUCCUCCUCGCCCCCCUAACAGGACAGACUCCACCUCCCAGCCUUCCAUAUCUAACUCCCUCCCUCUCCCUCCCCCACCUCCCUCCCUCAGUGCAGAGCUGCUGGAGCUGGGAGACAGCCUUAUGAAACUGGGGAACAUAACCACUCCUUAUGACCUGGACACACACACACAGGAGCAGCUGUGCUCACACCACACAUACAGCCACAGUACACUCACCGCUCCGUACACCGCUGAACCUGCUUACAGCGACUGCAGCCACAGACAAGACCAGACUGCACUGAAUACCCCAUAUGUGCUCGAUCAUAUCACCAUCACAGACCCUCGUUAUGACGGCAAAGAGCAGAGUUACUGCCACUCCACUGCUUAUUUAGCUGAGGCUGAACACAGUGCCUCAUGCGAGCUUGAACGUACUCAAAACCCCGCCCAUCCUAGUUCGUAUAACAGGGAACAAGCAGCCACGUAUGACAGCGCCCCAAAACCAGACAGCUCUUACAACCCCUGCCCAGAACACAGUAGCUCUUACACUGCAGAGCGUCCCGCCGCCUACGCUCUCAACCGCCCCACUAAGUCUGACCCCCAGCCCCCCGCCCAGUUGUGCCUCCCAUCUCCAGAGCUCGAACCGGAGCUGCUGCUUUCGCCGGUGAUUCCCCCCGGGGGCCCUUUCACCCCCAGCGACCCCCAGAGUCUGGAGGCUUUGGACCCCACAGCCAGCGCUCAGCUGCUGGACAACAUCAUGGCCUGGUUUAACAACAACAUAAACCCCCAGAACAACCCCCAGAGCCUGGCUCUCAUCCCCUCCCCGCCCACCACAGAAACCGACUCCUCCCCCGACACACACACUGAGACUGAGACCGAGAGCCAGACCUCCAAGGAGGUGACCCCCGCCCUGAUCUGGCAGCCCCUGGAGGGCGAGCCAGAAGUGGACAGAGGGCUGGCAGGUCCCCCAGCGGGUGCUGCGGGCGUUGAAGGCCCGAAGACGUUGAGGCCCAGCACUCUGGAGCUGGAAAACAGAGACGCUGGAGACGAGGGCGUGGACGCAGGGUGUGUGGCUGACCUGUCGCUGGACGAAGCACACACACACCCGUGCUCACACUCCCAACGUGGAAACAGUCCCGCACACACUGCCCCGGCCACGGAGAGAGACUCGGACCUCGUCCUUCAGUUAGAGGAGGACCGGUCACCUGAGUGGGAGGAGCAGGAACACCUGGUGUGACGGAACAAUGUAGAGGAAAGGUUGAGCCAAGUGCAGGAAGAGAUCAGAUCACAAGCGACGGAAGUAAAAGAGGAGAAAUGAGAGUGAAGCACUGAUAGAAAAUAAAAGAUUUAAUAGUGAUGCCUCUGUAAAAGAUGCAGGUCUUUGGGGGUUGAGUGUUUACUGUCUGUAUUAUACUGUAUCUAGAGAGGACAUGAAGUCCUGCGGACUUUGUCCAGUAAAGAUGAUGUCAUACGCAGUUUGAUUAUUUUUAAGUGCUUUUCGUCUGCUCUAAACACAGGCAUUAUACCUUGAAGCAAAUGAGUGGUUAAAACCGAGUACAUCAAUGGAAAAGCUACUGAUAUCAUAACACAAACAAUGCGACAUGUUUUUUUGUUUUCUUCUUUUAUUUAUUCCCCUGCCUCUUGUGCUCGUCGUCUCUGUUUUGUUCAGGGUGAAGUUUUGGUGCUGAUCAUGCUGAAAUCCAAACUUGCCUCAUCUAACAACACUUGAUUAACACACUGACCCAACCACGAGCCUGUUCAGAGCUCCGGGAGCCAAAUAUGACGAUAGCUGUAACCUCUGGAGCCUGUUUAGCGUGCUGUACAAUCAGAGGGCCUGAUUCUGGUUUUUGGACCUUCAAGCACACUGUGCCUGUUUUGUUAGUGCCAACACACUACUGAUUCUUUCCCUUUGGUGACCUGUCUGCUGCACAAAUGUCACACUACUGCAGCGUGCUGUAAUAAUUCUUUAAAAGUCAGAAAUUGUCUCAUCCCCCUGCGUAGGAAGGUCAGUCAGCCACAGAGCCCUUAAAAUUAGUGGAGACUCGGUGUCUUGCUCAAAGGCACUGCAGAGUAAUGGGUGCUUGUUUUCAGGAGGGAUUGAACCAUCUAUUUUUGCUGCUCACUGCACCAUGCUGCUACAUACAGACGGUAUCAGAUAUGAGCUUCCAUCCAUCAUCCCGUGUGCAGUAUUUUACAGUCACUUUGGCUCAGUAUUUGUUUGCAAAACUCUUGACUGCAAACCAAAUUUUGGCACCGAAUCUCACAUAAACCACAAAAUGAAAUGAAAUGAGGUAAUACAUCAAACAGUAUAGAAUAAGUUUGUCUCUGAAUUUUAAUAAUGCUGUCAGUCGUUAAUUAAAUUCAUCAAAACGGAGCGUGCAGCAGGGGGGAAAAAAAGCCAUUUAUGCUGAAGAGUGUACUUAAAAAAUUAUGAAUUAAAGAUGGAGUCAGCAAUACUAAUUCAAUAUAUUUGUUGUCAAAAUGCUCCAGACUCCACCUUUAAUAUCAUAUAAAAAUAAUGACCGAAUGUUAAUAAUCUUUGUAUUAGGGUGUUAAUGAUGACCACAGUGUGUUGCCAUAUACAGUAUAUAAGCUGCAUCUUUUAUUUGGCAUGGCCUCAGAGCAAAAGUUGCAGUAAAUAUAAUGUGAAUCUGCAUUUAUAGCGUACUUCCCACACCCCAAGUUUAGAGUGCUUCGCAAGAGGCACCAAUUUCCAUUCACUGGAUUUAAUUAAAUAGAUAAAUAAAAUAAAAUAUGCAGCAGCACUUUAACUGUAGAUAAAAAUCUGACUUUACAUUCCAGUACAGUCUUCAUACAAGUCAAAAUAAUGGCUAUUUUUUUUCUUCUAAAACACUACAAACAUUUUAUUUUAGCACAUUUUACACUACUGUAACGCACACUGAAUAUGUUGUAAUAUUUGCUUGUUAAAGUGAACAUGAAAUUCAGUGUACGCACUAAGAGUUUUGCACAUUAAAUCUGAGCCAAAGCAAACCUAAAAAGAAAUACUGUAGAUAAAAACAAAUUCUAAGGCUUUCUAAUUGCAGCGUUUAUUGUUUUUAUCAUAUCUAUCCCACUACUGAUCGCUACUAUCGACGACAUGGGUUGGGUUUUUACUGUAAUUUAACCUUUUUAUUCCUUUAUUUCUCAUUCUAGAGACGUGACAUUUCUUCCAGUUGAGACCAGAGUUGUUGGGUCUGUGUGCCUUUUUUGUUUUGAUCUUAUUUGUUCAUUCUGUUGGUAUUUAUUAUUAGUGUCAUUGCUUUUGUAAACAUGCUGAGCAAAGUUGCUGAUGAAAGAUAAUGGAAGAACACACCACUCUUAUACACUGAUAUAUAGAAUUUGUUGUUGCACCCCUGGUUUAUCUUCAGUGGCAGUGUCUGAUUUUUUUUUUUGUUCAUUUUACUGAAUCAAAAACAGCUUCGAGGGCUGUCUGAAGGAAUCCGUUUCCACCUCCUAUGAACUUUAAGCAAAUUUGAUUUCACAAGGCCCUUUAAAAUGUGACACCUGGGUUGUCGUUCAGCCUCAAUCUUAAAAACUUUAUAGCCCAAAUAUAAUGUUUACAAGGGAAUUAAACACUGCCUGCUGUGAUGAGAUAUGAUUUGGUGCUUUGGGGACUGAAAUGAUAAUAAUGGAGUGUUUUGAUUAUACUUUUAUGGCAAACAAAUGUAAAGAAAUGCUGUGUAAGAACAAAGACUGAUUCAAUUCAUAAUACUCCAUCUGGUAUCACUUAUAAUUAAUAGUUUGAGCUUUUUUAAAGUGUGAGAUCUGAGGUGACAAAGCCUAAAAUGACAGCUUUUCUUCUGUGUAUUAAACUGUGAAGGUGCUGAACAGAUAGUCGGUGCUGGAGAUCAUAUUUAAGGAAUGGGGUUGAUUUACACACUUUAAGGUUACACGGUGCGACUGUAAAAAAUUCAAUCUGGAGUCUUUAUUUUGCACAAGCAUGCUGUUAACAGGCAACAUGUGGAAGAACGAUGGUUUUAUUAUUCAGUUUUUUCAUUUGGAAUCAGACUGAUGCUGUCACACAAAAUGGUCGUGUGUCAUUUUAAACUCCACACAUAAUGAUUUAUAAUUUAUUGCUCCCUCAGCCAACAACAGAAGAAAUGAAAUUGCACUCUCAUAGAUUAUACUUGAUACAUUCCCAGCUGGGUAAAAGAAAGGUUUGAUGUGUGGCCAAAAUUAUAAAUGAAAGUUUCAGUGCAAAGUUUACUCUCAAUAAAAAGAGCUGAAAGUG